AUGCUGGCGCCGCUCGGACACGAGAGGCCCCUCUUCGGGAGACGGCGGCUGAGCCCCCCUCCCACGGCGCAGGCGAUCCUCUUUGGCCACACCUUCUUCGAGCAGUCGCCGAGUAAGACCGUCCUCUGCGCGAUGCCAAAGGACGGCGCGCCCGCAUGCAGCUGCUGCCGAAGCCUCCCGUCGCUGGCGGCGAAGGACUCGGCGCUGCGAGAGAAAGCCCGCGCGGGCGGCUUUGUGCUCGAGUCGUCCAAUCAGCACCGCAUCCGCGUUGACGGCCACUUUUCCGCCAUGGAGGGUUGCAACGACUACCAGCGCUUCUGGGACCGUCGAUAG